UACACAUGGUUUUGCACUUUCAUUGUAGCCGCAGCAAGGAGCAGACUAUCACUGUCCAUUUCAAAAAAUGAAGACGAUACUUUCUUCAGAGACGAUGGACAUCCCUGAAGGCGUUAAGAUCAAGGUUAAUGCCAAGAUUAUCGAGGUGGAGGGGCCUAGAGGGAAACUAAGCCGCAACUUCAAGCACCUCAACCUCGACUUCCAUCUCAUGACUGACGAGGAGACCGGCAAGCGCAAGCUCAAGAUUGACGCCUGGUUCGGCUCCCGCAAGACCAGCGCUGCCAUCCGAACCGCCCUCAGCCAUGUGGAGAAUCUUAUCACCGGUGUCACUAAGGGUUACCGUUAUAAGAUGAGAUUUGUAUACGCUCACUUUCCAAUAAACGCUUCCAUCACCAAAGGAAACAAGUCCAUUGAGAUCCGUAACUUUCUUGGAGAGAAGAAGGUUCGAAAAGUGGAUAUGCUUGAAGGUGUGAGCGUUGUCCGAUCCGAAAAGGUGAAGGAUGAGCUCAUUUUGGAUGGGAAUGACAUUGAGCUGGUCUCUCGGUCUUGUGCUUUGAUUAAUCAGAAAUGCCAUGUCAAGAACAAGGAUAUCAGGAAAUUCCUUGACGGUAUCUAUGUCAGUGAAAAGGGCACAAUCUUGGAUGAAGAAUGAUUCAUUUUCAACUUUCUGUCAUAGUAAUCUUAUGCAAGUUUAUUGUUCUUGCUUCAAACCCGUUAUAUUGUUUUUGUGGAGUUUUUUGUAUGAGAGAAUUUUGGAUUUCUGCCAUACUAGUCUAUAAUGAUUUUCUUCCGGUA